GAGACCUCCUCCGUUUACUCCGCCGAUCCGUCUGAUCGCAGGGACGCUGAGAUCUUGGCUAUGUCCACGCGGAGUGAGGAGUACCGGUUGUUGUUCCGUCUCCCGCCUGACGAGGUUCUUGUUCAGGAUUUCAAUUGCGCUCUCCAGGAGAAUAUUCUUCUCCAAGGCCAUAUGUAUUUGUUUCUUCAUCAUAUUUGCUUCUAUUCAAACAUCUUUGGUUUUGAGACAAAGAAAACAAUUUCUUUUCUUGAAGUCUCGUGUGUGCGCAAAGCCAAGACAGCUGGAAUUUUUCCUAAUGCAAUAGAAAUAUUAGCUGGAGGGAAAAAGCACUUCUUUGGUUCUUUCUUGUCCCGUGAUGAAGCUUACAAGCUCAUAAUGGAAGGAUGGUCGCAACAUGACAAUGAUGCUAAGGCCAUCUUUGAUCAGCAGGAUAUGAAAUCUGAUGUCAGCAGCUCCAACAAUAGCCUUGCUAUUGUCGAAAUUGCACGAGGAUCAACACCACUACUGUCUGACUCCUUGACCUCAGAUGGGAAUAUGAAUGCUAAUAUUUUGGGUGAGUGUUUACCUUCUAGCGGCGAAGAUGGCAUUAUUGUUCCCAGUAGACUUGUUGAAGUCAAAGAAAAUGGAGAAGAAAAGGCUGAGCAUUUAUCUACUGGCAACCUGAGCUGGCCAGUUGAGGAUGUGGAUGCUCCUAAUGUACCGGAAUAUUUUACACUAGUUGCGGAGGCAAAGUUCUCGGUGUGUGCAGAAGUUUUUUUUACUUUAUUCUUCUCCAAUAAUGCUGCUGAGUUUCUUGAGAACUUCCGUAAGGGAUGCGGAGACAAAGAGUUUCAGCACACUCUCUGGCACCAGCAUGAACAGUUCAGAUAUACUCGUGAUAUAUCAUUCCUGCAUCCAGUCAAAAUAUAUCUUGGUGCAAAGUUUGGUCGUUGUCAGGAGGUCCAAAAGUUUCGUGUCUAUAGGAACAGCCAUUUAGUGAUUGAGACAUCACAGCAAAUCAGUGAUGUGCCCUAUGGUGACUACUUCAAAGUAGAGGUGAUAUGGGAUGUGCAGCAACUCAGCGGUGAGACUGGCUGCAUUCUCCGUGUGUAUAUUAAUGUGGCAUUCUCGAAGAAAACCAUGUUUAGAGGCAAAAUAGAGCAAUCAACAAAAGAUGAAUGUCGAGAAGUUUAUGCGCUUUGGAUUAACAAUGCAAAUGAUUUGUUGAAGCAGAAGAAAGAUGUAAAACUGGAAGACACAAUUUCCACUAAUGUUGGAUUGGGUAGCUCUUCAGAGCCAGCUGGAGAUUUAAUGCAUAAUGUGAUUUUUGAAGAGAUCAUAGAAACUGUGUCUGAUAAGAUCUCUCCACAAAGUGAAAGCCCAAUGACAGUGAACCUUGAAAAAUGGAGAUCAGCAUUGGUCAUUUUCAGAGAAGCAUGGGCUUCACUGUGUUCAUAUUGUGGCAGUCAAAGUCUUCUUCCCUUCGUAAUUGCUGCUGCAUUUCUUGCAGUCCUCAUUUUGAUGGAGUACGGUAUAGCCAUUCAAUCAAUUGAGCAGCAUUUAAAACCAUAUUGUCUUGUUUUAACCAGAAAGUUUUCUUUUUCCAUUAUUUGUGUUAGCAUCAUAGUUAUACUGACAAGAGUUCCUGAAGUCCGCAUAGUUACCGAAGGAAACUAUAUAAGCGGCCCUGGUAGUUACAAUUUAGAGAAUGCAGAGUGGUUGGAGAGACGUUUCAACUACCUAAAGGAGGAAAUGCUUAUGUUAGAAAGUAGGAUGGAGAGGAUGCGCCAUGAGUAUACAUUGUUGAAGGCAACGCUACAAAGCAUUGAGAAGUUAAAACCCAAAUCAUAACAGUCCCUUAUGUUAUCAAGCACACAAAUUUAGGGGGCAUGCCGGACAUUCAGUUCCUGUGGAAAUACUACACUUUAUACUCCUAAAGGAAAGGCUUGCCCUCAUCUCUGUUUAAAUUCAUC